AUGGCGCUUGAUGGCAGGCGAUCCGUCUCCCCCGAAAGCUCCGGUCGCGACUCUCCCAUUCCACGACAAUGGAGGAACCAGCUAGGGGCAGACGACACCCCUGCGAAGAAAGACAAGCACUACCGCAAAUAUGCUUCCGCCGUGGAGAGGGCCCUGUCCCUCUUCGAGACCACCCUGCAGGAGUGGGCCGACUAUAUAUCCUUUCUAAACCGUCUCCUUAAGGCCUUGCAGUCUCGCCCAUCAUCCGUGAACGCGAUCCCCUCAAAAGCAUUGGUCGCAAAGCGCCUGGCGCAAUGUCUAAACCCGUCACUUCCCUCCGGCGUCCACCAAAAGUCUCUCGAAGUAUAUAAUCACAUCUUCUCCGUCAUCGGGCAAGACGGGCUGUCGCAAGAUCUUCCUCUCUACCUCCCCGGCUUGGCCACAACUCUCUCCUUUGCAUCCCUAUCCGUCAGGGCGCCAUACCUCGACCUCCUCGAGACGUACUUCCUCGGCCUCCAUCCGAAAUCACUGCGGCCGGCUAUGAAGUCUAUUGUCCUUGCGCUUCUCCCAGGACUCGAAGAAGAGACCAGCGAGGAGUUCGACCGGACGUUGAAGCUUAUGGAUAGUUUCAAAUCGGCGAUCCGGCCACCUGGAAGCGAGGAUAUAUCGAGUUCGCACUCCACGGGCGAUGCUUUCUUCUGGCAAUGUUUCUUCCUAGCGUCUAUAACUGGGCAAACCCGGAGAUUAGGGGCGCUGGCGUACUUGACGAGGAACUUGCCAAAAUUAGCGGAAGAAAUAGGGACCGAAGCCAAGAAUAAGGCCGAAUCAGACACUUCCAAACAACUUGCAAGAAUAGUGACGUCGCCGGAACCGGGCCUUCUCAUCCGGUGCUUUGCGGCCGGCCUCGGUGACGAGCAGCUUCUUAUUCAGCGGGGCUACCUAGAUCUGCUCGUGACCCACCUUCCCCUCUACUCCGAUGUGCUUCAGUCAAAGGCGAAACCCGCAGACUUACAACUACUCCUUCGUGCAGCCGCUGGUGUAGUUACUCGUCGAGAUAUGAGCUUGAACAGGCGACUUUGGGCAUGGCUCUUGGGGCCAGAGCCUCAGCACGGAGAUGCCGAAGCGACGAUAGAGUCCCCGUCUGCUGACAAUCAAUACCUUACAUCAAAAACUAGCUAUUUCGAAGAAUAUGGUCUUCAGCCUUUAACUCAAGCACUCCUUACCAUGAUCAACACGAGCCAGACGCAGACACCUGCGGAGCGUGCGCGUCCUUAUCGCAUCUGCCUUUCCCUUAUGGAUAGAUGGGAGAUCGGCGGCCUUGUAGUACCAGAAGUCUUCCUGCCGAUUGUCGAUAGCGUCCGCAGCUACAAAUCCCAAGCUGUAUCUAAAGCGGAUUUCCAUGAAGUGCUACGAAGCGCUAGUGUGUUCUUCGAUGGAGUAGAGAGUGGCCUUAUAUACGGUGAGAUUCUGAGGUUGCUCACCGAAGCCAUCGGGCCGGGUAAUGCGACAACCGCUCUGCGGAUCGACAAGCUAAACUUGGUCAACUUCAUUAUAUCCAGCUUCAACGUCAGGGAGGAGGAGAUGGUAACGAUCCAUGCCCCUCUGACAGUCCUGUCAAUUCUGUGCAUGUUGAUCAAUGCAAAGGACCGCGGGGAGUUGCGUGAUAGCCAAUCUGACCAACUCUUUGAAACGGCACUGCAUGUUUCUGCCUCUCUCCUUGACCUUGUUCCUCGGCGAGCAUUCCCUUAUGGUCCGGGCAGACAGGCAGGUAGAAAAACCCAGCCAGAGGCGCUGGCCUCCCUACCUGAUACGGAGAUCCUUAAGAAGAUUAGCGCCUUCUAUGUGGAAGAGCAAGGGGCGGUUGAUAGCUCCCCACCUCCUCUCCAUGGAGCAGAAGUGGCCGAGCUCCUACUGCAGAAGUCAUGCCAGCUCAGCUGCGAAGCACUUUCUCUGCCCGAAGAGUCUCACGACCUGACCGUUAGGGUUCGCGUUCUGAUCUUACUGCUCCUCAAAGUUCCAGAGGAGUACGAGUGGGACGUCGACGUGAUACUAGCAUCGAUCCGCAAGGGCCUCGACAAGCCGGCCCCCCUCCCCUUCACCGCAUUCUCUUCGAUACUGGCGCUUUCUACCCACCUCUACUCAUCCGACCGUAUCUCAACGCCUCGACUCUCUGAGCUCGUUGUACCCCUUGUCCGCCACGCCUGGGUCUACCUUUCCGCAUCUGAGCCUAAGUACCACGUCGAAACAGUUCGUUGCCUCUGGCAGCUACAAACGGCCCUAACACCCCAGAACCGCGAUAUCGAGGCUGCCAUUUCAGGGCUUAUGAUAGAGAAAGACAUCGGGGGAACCUUUGCUAUCCGGCCGUCUGAGCCGGGAAGGAGCUUCAGCGUCCUCUGGUCGCAUACUCUACAAGAUAGCCCGUCACACAUGGAGAGGAGGGGUUCGAAGACCCCAAUCACGGAUCAUAAACUUCAUGCGAUGCCACGACUUGCAGGACUUGACCACUACGACGUAAUGCUAACACAACCACUAUUCCUCAUGCUUGAUGCCCUCCUCGAUGAACGAACGCAACUCUUCAUGGCCGCCAAGGCCUGGCUUAAUUCCAUGGUGGGGAUUGAACGACUCGUGUCCGACGACCCAAUGUCUAGCUUUGUCCGCGUGACAGAGGACGAUGAUCUCGACGUCUCCGGAGCAGAUGGCGAGGUACCAAUGCAGGGCCUCCUAGCUCAAGUUUGCAUGAGAUGCAUCGCCCUCAGAGCCGGGCCAGAAAAUGCCUCCCUUGCCGUUCAGACCUCCCAGCUCACCCGGAUAGCUUUGACGGUGCUUCACCAGAUACUCCUUAAUCCCUACGCCUCUCGCCUCUCUCUUCCUCAUCUGGAGGAAGUGCUUAUUGAUCGCUUGAUCCAUUCCCUCAACGACCACGACCCAUACAUUCAGAUCCUCCUCCUGGACGUCGUGUACGCAUCACUCAAGCUGCAAGCAGGGCCUCUGCCGGACCAGCCUACCUCCCCUACCUCGGAGAAACGCCCUACCGUUCUUGAUCCGAACAAGCGCGUUCCCUUGCCCGUCGUAACCGAACAACUGCCGCGGACGAAGCCUCCACCCCCAUCUCUUCUCAGAUGCCUUCAGGCAGGAUUGAGUUCGCCCAACAGCCAACCAGUCCUAGAAAGCUGGGUUGGCUUCCUUACAGAAUGCCUCUCCAUGUACUCGGAUGCCAUUUUCCAGAUACUGAUUCCUCUGGUCGAGACUUUAUGCGGCCAGAUUGAUGGCAGUUUCCGAGCCCUGCAGGCAACGUUCCGAGAAGGCCAGAGCUCGGCUAGACCUGAGUCUAGUGGACCCGAAUCAACACUGAUUUCACUCCUCAAUGGUCUCGAAGAAGUUCUCGCAAGCGCGCAUGCUCGUCUCCUCAUCGAAGAAGCGAGAACUCAGGCUGUGAAGACACCAGACCAGCAACAAGGGUUUUUCGGCAACAUGGUCUCCGGAGUGUUUGCAUCAGAUAGCCAUCAGUCCCGGAGCGCAACCGCGAAUGACCGCCUCACUGUUCACCUUGCCUUCCAGGAUGCGAUCAGGAUGUGCUUCACGAUAUGGCACUGGGGUCAGGGCGACGAGGCGAGGCUAUUAGAUCCUUCUUCUGUAGCGUCGUUCAACUACACCUCGCUGCGAAUGAGAAAUAGGGCCCGCCGUCUGCUAGAGCACCUAUUCGCUGCUGAGACCCUCGAGUGCCUAGAAACUCUGGUAGAUAUAUGGUGCAAGUCGUACAACGAAGCAAAGUCGCAAGCUGCCGAGGUUUUCAAGAUAUUUGCAGCUCUUGAUGUAUCUCGACCAAAAAAUACCAUACCGGCCAUCUUUAACGCCAUUUACAGCCGCACCAACCCAUCCGCUCUGGAGCCGGCUAGGAUGUCGACGUUGACCAUUGACCUUCAGGAUACUGACCUCGUCAUCUUCCUGGUCGACUACACUCGGUCACUAGAUGAUGAUGCUAUGGACGAGAUCUGGACUGAUUGCAUAACGUUCCUGAAGGAUCUGCUCGCGAACCCGUUCCCGCAUCGCCAGACACUCCCAUCUCUGCUAGAGUUUGCGGCAAUCCUUGGCGAGAAGGUUGACAAUACUAAUUUUGGAGAGCAGCGGAAAAUGCGCAGAGAACUAGGGGAUCUCUUCCUCAAGCUGCUAACAGCUCUCUUUACCACCCGUCCCAUCACGUUCACUGAGCCAUCCUUGGGCAGCCUAUCGGAGAAACCCAAGGGCGACGUGUCCGCUCACAAGACACCCGCAGACAGGGCGGAUGAUGUCGUUGGCACCCUCUCCACCAUCGUCCCAAACCUACCCAAGAUUCUUGUUGAAUCAGACAGGGUUCUCUCGGCAGCUACUACUAUAUCAACACAUGUCAUCGGGCCGACUAUACGGUCCAGAGGCUUCCCAGACACCGUAUCCAAGAGCACAUUAGACCUUCUACACGAGCUCUCUCGGUUACCAAACAAUCAAAAGACGUCACGAAAGGACAUCGGCGACGCCUUUAAUGAUCCGAAAUUCUUUGCCUCGGACCUGCAACUCGUCCAGAGCGAUUGGCUGCCCUUGCUUAAACAAUGGGUCGUUGGCGACAAAGAAAGGGUACCCGAAAUCAUCGGCCGAAUCAGCCCCCCGACGACGGCGGGCAUUGUAUUUGGUGUCGGAGCUACCUCUGCUAGGCUAGAAGCGGAUCGAAAAACACAACUAAAUCUUCGACGUAUCGCCACCCUUAUCCUGGCGUCCGCUGAAGACGCCUUUGUCUCCGACUUGACAGCCAUCUCGGAUAAGCUUACUGAGCUCCUCGGCGCAACUGCCACGUCCUCCCCCUCAUCUACCACUCGCGCAGAGAUCUACAUGGUCGUCAGGGCGCUUGUUCUUAAGACGGGCGCGAUACACUUGGCAAUGUUGUGGCCUGUGAUCAAUGCGGAACUCCACGCCGCCAUCUCCUCCGUGGUCGCGCCCGACCAUAGUACCGCCUCUGAGACGUACAUGAACGCGUCCAUCCUACAGGCCUGCAAACUCUUGGAUCUCCUCAUCUGCGUCGCUCCAGAUGACUUCCAACUCCAUGAAUGGUUAUUCGUUACGGAUACUAUUGACGCGGUAUACCGGUCGGAGAACUACCAGCCCGUCGCCCUUGUAGACGAACUCUCGGAAGAGCUGGGCUCGUCGGCCUCCUUCAGCUCGGGGCUCCAUACAGAAUCAGCGGCGGCACAGGUGGCCACGAGCAGCCACCAACGGAGACCACUGCUGGGCGCUGGGGGCAUUAAUGAUGAUGUGAGUCUCGAGAGGAAAGAUGAAUUGGUAGCCAAGGUGCUCCGGCCGUUCUUUGGGCAGUUAAGCAUCUUUGCGUUUGAGACGACGUACGCCAUGGGAGCGCUGGAUCGGGAGCGCUGUGUAAAAGGGUUACUGAAGGAUUUGUUUGACGAAAAGACCAUUGUAAAGGCCCUUUAG